AUGGAGUCCAAAGACAAAAGAAUGCCAUAUUCAAUGAUAUUUCCCUACGAUGCUCAAACAGGUUAUAUAUAUUUUGUAACCUAUAUUGCGGCAAUUUUAGCCGGUUAUGUAGUAAUCUCACAUUUCUAUGCUCUCGAUGCACUCCUACUAAUGUUUGUCAGUUAUUUGAGCGGACAAUUUGAAAUCUUACAUGGUGAAAUUGUUCGUCUAAUACCAGAGUGUCAUGCUGAGUGGUUGAAACGUUAUGGUGUUGAGAGUGGUGUUAGUAUUGGCGGCAAUAAUGAUGUUGGUUAUGAUGCUCAACCGGAUGCUAGAAUGCUUAAACUUUUACAGGAUAUGUAUAUUAAACGUUUGCAUGAAUUAUCUGCUCGCCACAAUGAUUUAAUUAGAAAUCAUGUUAUCGAUGUUUUUAGUGGAACAACCUCAUUGGGUGAUUUCUUGUUGUUCUCGUCAUUCUUUUUUUCAGUGACAUUGCAAUUGUACGUGAUUUGCUACAGUGGUACAAUACUUAUUAAAUAUUCUACUAAUACCGCCUUUUAUUUGUACUUGUGUAAUUGGGAGGGUGGUCAGUUGUCGAAAGAUUCACCUUUAAUCCUUAAGCCCGAAGAUAUGGAUGCGGCCUCUUUGAGUGCCAAGUUACCAUUAUGGAAGCACAUUAAAUAUCAUCCAGCUGGUAAAGAUUUUUGCAAUAAAUUGCGUUUUAUGAUAAUGCGCAGUCAACGUCCCGUCCAAAUGGAUGCCAUGAAAUUUACCAUUCUAUCGUUGGAAAGUUUUAGUAAGAUUCUCAGUUCAUCGAUGUCUUAUUUUGCUUUAUUGAAAACUUUUUUGGAUAAACAAAAGUAA